AUGGAUUCGGGGCAACAAUCUUCGCUCAGCAAUUCGGUCAGAUGGCUUCAAAUGCAGAGCUCUACCGAUUUGGACCUGAAGUCGCAGCUGCAGGAGUUGAUUCCGGAACAGCAGGACCGUUUGAAGAAAUUGAAGUCAGAACAUGGAAAGGUCCAACUUGGAAACAUCACUGUUGAUAUGGUAAUUGGUGGGAUGAGAGGGAUGACUGGUUUGCUCUGGGAAACCUCAUUGCUUGACCCAGAAGAGGGAAUACGCUUUAGGGGCUUGUCGAUUCCUGAGUGCCAGAAAGUAUUACCUGCUGCCCAUUCUGGAGGAGAACCAUUGCCUGAGGGUCUUUUGUGGCUUCUUUUAACUGGAAAGGUACCGAGCAAAGAGCAAGUUGAAGCACUCUCAAAAGACUUGGCGAACCGUGCUGCUGUGCCAGAUUAUGUGUACAAUGCCAUCGAUGCCCUGCCUUCCACAGCUCAUCCAAUGACUCAAUUUGCUAGCGGUGUUAUGGCCCUCCAGGUGCAAAGUGAGUUCCAGAAGGCAUAUGAGAGUGGAAUUCACAAGUCAAAGUUCUGGGAUCCAACAUACGAAGAUUGCCUAAACCUGAUUGCUCGUGUUCCUGUUGUAGCUGCAUAUGUUUAUCAGAGGAUGUAUAAGAAUGGUGAUUCCAUUCCCUCGGAUAAAUCUUUGGAUUAUGGUGCAAAUUUUUCCCACAUGUUGGGAUUUGAUGAUGCUAAGAUGAAAGAACUCAUGAGGCUUUACAUCACUAUCCACAGUGAUCACGAAGGUGGAAACGUUAGUGCUCACACUGGUCACCUGGUGGGUAGUGCACUUUCAGAUCCAUAUCUGUCAUUUGCGGCUGCAUUAAACGGUUUAGCUGGGCCACUCCAUGGUUUGGCGAAUCAGGAAGUUUUGCUUUGGAUUAAAUCAGUUGUUGAGGAAUGUGGAGAAGACAUAUCGAAAGACCAGUUGAAAGAAUACGUCUGGAAAACAUUAAACAGUGGCAAGGUUGUUCCCGGAUAUGGACAUGGUGUUCUUCGCAAAACUGAUCCAAGAUAUGUAUGCCAAAGAGAGUUUGCCUUGAAGCAUUUACCUGAUGACCCUCUUUUCCAGCUGGUCUCAAAGCUUUAUGAAGUUGUGCCUCCGGUUCUCACCGAACUCGGAAAGGUGAAGAACCCGUGGCCAAACGUUGAUGCUCACAGUGGAGUGUUGCUCAAUCACUAUGGUCUAACCGAAGCAAGGUACUACACCGUGCUCUUUGGUGUCUCAAGGAGUCUUGGUAUCUGCUCUCAGCUAAUAUGGGACCGAGCUCUUGGACUGGCACUUGAGAGGCCAAAGAGUGUUACAAUGGACUGGCUUGAUGCCUACUGUAAGAAAGCUUCAUCUGCUUAA